GGUAGAUAAUUUGUUACCGAGAAUUGAGCUUACAGCUUAGCAUAAAUAGUAACGCUAUGGAAAACAGCAGCCUUCUUAAAUUGUUGCCACCUUGAAGUUUCAAGCGCAUGGGCAACUAUUCGCCGCAUGUGGAGACCAGUGAGAUGAUUAUGUUAAAUAUAGUCGGUCUGGCUUUGAUUGAUCUUGCUGCAAUGCUAUAUGAACCAUAACACCCACUAAUGUCGUAUCCUGUUGUUGCAUAAUUUGUUUAAUACCAAAAAUGCCAACUACUAGGCGACAUAAGCGGAAUGGAGUUGUAGAGCACAAGAAACGUAUGCAAGCUGCAGUGCAGGCCAUUCUUCCUCUUGGGUUUAGCAGAGAUCUCAUUUCCAAUACUAUACAGAAUCUUCUUCAAGUAUAUGGUGGAGAGGAGGGCUGGGCAUUUAUUGAAGAAGAAUCGUACAAGGUGGUUGUUGAAAGCAUUUUCGGGAAAGAGGAGCCCUGCUCUCCCAAGUUCAUUGUGUUAGAGGAAUCCUUGGAACAAUACAAACUUGCUUCUGAACUGCAGGAAACUGAAUUACUCCUCUCCUGGCUUUCCCACUCUUUGCAGGAGAUGUCUUGGGCAGCCAUGGGUUGUACCUUUGUGUUUAUUAAUGCUUCAAAUGGAAGCCUCCGCGUUUAA